AUGUUUGCAAAAUCAAUUUAUCAACAUGGUUUACUUAUUUCUUUGCCUGGAUUAAAGCCAAUACAAGAUUUGUGGAGAAAAGCAUGUCCAACUUUUAAACUGCCUGAAAGGAAAAGAUUUUCAACUACAUUGUUGAAUAAAGUAUAUGAAGAAACAAGAUUAGAAAAGAUGCAUGGAAUUGUUAGAAAAGAUAAUGAACAAG